AUGGGGAAAAGCCAGUCAAAGUUAUCACCAGAGCAGCUCGCAGACCUCCAGAAGAAUACCUACUUCGACAAGAAAGAGCUCCAGCAAUGGUAUAAGGGCUUCCGAAAAGACUGCCCGUCUGGCCAACUCGACAAAGCCGAGUUUGGCAGGAUAUACAAGCAAUUCUUCCCCUUCGGUGACCCUGGCGAAUUUGCAGACUACGUCUUCAACGUGUUUGACGCUAACGGGAAUGGGACUAUCGACUUCAAGGAAUUCAUCUGCGCACUGAGCGUCACAAGUCGGGGUCAUCUUGAUGAGAAGCUCAAGUGGGCCUUCCAAUUGUACGACAUCGACAAGGACGGCACAAUCACCUACGACGAAAUGCUCCAGAUCGUCCAGUCAAUAUAUAAGAUGACCGGUGAGAUGGUCAAGCUACCGGCUGACGAGGACACGCCCGAAAAGCGAGUCGACAAGAUAUUCCGCAAUAUGGACCGCGACAAGGACGCCAAACUUACCUACGACGAAUUCGUUGAAGGCAGCAAACAAGAUCCGACAAUCGUUAAAGCAUUAUCGCUUUAUGAUGGUUUGGUAUAG